UAUGAUAGUAUUUUUUUUUUGAAAUAAUAGGUAUGAUAAUAUUUUAAAUCCAUAAACAAAUGUCUUUGCGAGUUUUUGAGCUGAAUAUUUGUUCGGCUCAAUAAUAUGAAGGAGCUUGGUUACACGCAGAGUUUGGUUUUGAAACUCCAGCCUGUAAUCAAGUAGAGAUUUGACUUGAGUUGGAGCUGUCCAUUAACAGUUCAGCUUGGUGACAGCCCUAGAUAUGGGAAGAGAUGAAUUAGGGAUAUGAAUUAGGUGUUUUUCUAUUCUCUACUUUUUACCUGUGAUGCUCCUGCUAGGAUUUUAGGGAUAAAUGUGGUACAUUUUACAAACUCUUGAUUGUUUGUUGUGGACUUAUUCUCAAAUCUUUCCUACUUUUAAUGGCUGCUGUUUUACCAUGUGAUAAGGGUUUAACUUGUUAGGAUGGCCUUGGUCUGAUCCAAGCCACUGAUCUUAAUUAUACAUGAACCUUUAUCUAGUAAGUAAUCCCUUUCUUUUUGUUCUGUGUUAAGUGGCUGAGACAGUGGGGUGUUGCUCCGUCACUUGAUUCUUAUCAAGAACUCAUUUUUCCGGUUUUAAUUAUAGGAUGUUGGAAAUCCUAGAACAUUAUCCAUUUUAUUGUGAUGUUUGGUAUUGAGGUCAUCUUAGUGGCCUUGGCCUUAAUUUUCCUGUUACCAUUUUUUCCCCAUUUACAGCUAUAUAUCCCAUGUCUCCAUAUGUUUAUCUUAUUCACUUUGUUGCUGACUGCAAAGAAAUUUAUGUACGUUUUGUUGUUUGUAGUUGGAUAAAGAAAAAUGGAGGUGAGCACCAUAAAUUUUUUCAUGUGAAAUUCUGGCUGCCUCAUUUGUGUUGUUAUUCUUUAUAAAUUUUUGUGUGUUAUAAAUGGGCGGCACUCUCUUGGUGGCUUUACUUAAUAUACUUAUCACACUUUUUAAUUUCUUGUGUUCUUACAUCAAAAGUUUAGCAGGCAGCUUGUUUGUUGUGCAGGUUAUACUUAGUCAUGCUCACCAGAGAAGUCAGAUGUCUGAGUCGCUCCAGAUGGUGGAGAAAGGGAUAUGGAAAGACGCGGAGGGUGCUCUUCCUUUUACCUUACCUCGGUGUAUCUAAAGCCAUGUAUACUGUCACACUCGGAUUGAGUAGGUGGCAGUAAUGGAUUGAUGGAUGCUGGAAUGGGUUUCUGGCAACCAUGUAGAAAUAAGAUGGUGUAAAAGUACGCAGUAGAAUCAACAUACGAUUCUUUUUAGUAGGGCUGGUUCCGGCAUUUGGGUAUAGAUAGUCAAGUCUCUGGUGUCAGUGGUGUCCGUCUCCUGCAUUGUAUUCAAACAUGAUUCUAGCUUUUUGUGCAUAUUAGUUUCUUUCUAGGUUUUAAUCAGACUGUCAAAAUCUUGCAUUCUGGAUGAUUAUGAGAGCUUCGCUUCAAAAUAUGGGGGAAGCUCCCCACAUGUUUUAAUUUAAUCAAAAUUUUGUGUGUAGUCAUAUUCUCACAUUCUCUAGUAUUGAUUUGGAUGCCAGAUUGGUUUAUUGUUGGAACCAAACUUAUUGUCAAUAAAUAUUAUUUUUGAAUACAUAAAAAGUUAAAUCAUGAAUUAAUAUAAAAUAUUUCGUCUAAUUUGUUAGAAUGAAUCUCAAAAGUUCAUAAACAAAGGAACAAGCUUUCUAUGUAGUUGAUGAUGAGCUUUAAAAUUAUAACUACUAAAUGAUUAUGCUACAGUCUACACUUUUUCGCUUCUCAUUUAAAAUUUCCAUGUUAAUAUGAACUACAUCAGCGGAACCAUUUUGCAAUUUCUUUAUUUCUGGAGCUGACAGUUGAGACCACUACUUGGAUCUCUUCCAAGGCUUCGUAACCCGACCCGUUGAGAAGAUGAAAGGGUAAAUUCCAAACUUCAAAAUCCAUGGGGUCGGUUCAGCACUCGAGUUGAUUCUCACAAAGGGGCGAUUUUGAAAGAAGUAUGGCCACAAAAUCGUCGUUGAAAGAACCAGCCGGACCUGGAAUUCCUCCCGACACACCCUCUAAAUCCCCCCAAGUGUCACCAACCCCUAUCAAAACCGAAACUGCCACCUCUGCGCCUGCUGCUUCCCGCCCGCUGUCUCUGCCUCCGCCUCCGCCGCCCUUCUCCGAAGCCGACUCUGUCCAUGUCCCCAGCUACUCUAGAUGGUUCUCGUGGAACACCAUACACGAAUGUGAGGUCCGGUUGCUGCCGGAGUUCUUCGAAUCUCGGUCUCAUUCGAAAACCCCAAAAGUUUACAUGUACUACAGGAACUCCAUUGUUAAGCAAUUCAGAGAUAAUCCUCCAAGGAAGAUCACCUUUACUGAUGUUAGGAGGACCCUCGUAGGCGACGUCGGUUCCAUCCGCAGGGUCUUUGAUUUCCUCGAGGCAUGGGGCCUCAUCAAUUAUUCCCCAUCCGCUCUGACCAAGCCCUUGAAGUGGGACGAUAAGGACGCCAAGUCCCCUGCUGACGCCUCCCUCCAGUCUCCUCCCACCAUUAUUAAAGACACUGCCAAGAGAAUCUGCAGUGGUUGCAAGUCUAUUUGCAACAUUGCCUGCUUUUAUUGCGAAAAGUAUGACUUGACUCUUUGUGCAAGGUGCUAUGGGGGCAACUAUGGGCGUGGUGUUCAUCCUCAUUCUUCAGAAUUCAAGAGAGUCGAGAUCAGUGAACAGACAAAGGCAGAUUGGACAGACAAAGAAACUCUACAACUCCUGGAAGCCAUUAUGCACUAUGGUGAUGACUGGAGGAAGGUUGCCCAGCAUGUAAGUGGAAGAAGUGAGAAGGAUUGCAUCACUCAUUUCAUAAAACUUCCUUUUGGGGAGGAAUUUAUCAGUUGCGCAGACUCUGGGGAGGUUGAUGAUAGGUUUAACGAAAUGAAAGAUCCUGCUGACACUGAGUCAGGAUAUGAAGGUAUUGGCACAACACCCUCUACCAAAAGAAUGCGUCUGACGCCUCUUGCAGAUGCAAGCAACCCAAUAAUGACUCAGGUAGCUUUUCUGUCUGCCUUGGCCGGUGUAGAUGUUGCAAAAUCUGCUGCUCGAGCAUCUGUGACAGCUUUAUCCGAGGUGGACUCCCGUGCUGGUAAAGAAGCUGAUGCUGCAUCUGGCAGGGGAACUACAGAAAAUGAGUUGGAAAAAACAAGUUUAGAUGCAGUUUCAGCACUUGAUAAGGAAGAGCUGGAGAUAGAAAGAGCAAUUUCUGAGAUUGCAGAAGUUAAGCUUAAAGAGAUCCGUGAUAAAAUUGUUCAGUUCGAGGAACUGGAUUUACACAUGGAGCAAGAGCGGCAACAGCUGGAGCAAAUUAAAAAUAUGCUUUUUGUAGAUCAGCUGAAUGUUCUACUAAAUAGAAGUUCUGCCCAAAACCAGGGCAACGCGUAGAGGGAGAAGGUUAAACAGAUGUUUAAUACUUAAUUGGCUUUUUGUUGUUACCUUAUUCGAUCAAAUGCUUUAUUGUUUAUUUUCUAGUGCAUUCACUUUAGUCAUUCCAUGAUAUAUCUAUCUGUAAAGGGAUCCGGAAAACCUCCUUUCAAUAUGAUUUCCAAAGCCAUCAUGCCA